GGAAAUCUUCAACUACAUUUCUACAACAUCAAGAGCAAGCAACGAGCUAAGAAGAAGACAGCCAACCAACCAACCCCCCUCUUUGGUGGACCCGCACAAACAAAACCCACCCAAUGUCGUUCAGCUUCCGUGUUGGUGGUGGUACGGCGACGCAACAAGCGUCACAGUCCACCACCCACCUGUCGGACUUGCGCCGCAGACAUAUCCAAUCCUUGGAAUCGAAAUGCAGGGUGGAGACGGUGACGCCAAACAGCAAGUUCCGUGUUCCAUUCACGGCGAAAGGCAAAUCCCUCACCCUCACCAUCUUCCUUCCCAUCAACUUUCCCCAGGCGCCGCCGGUUCUCAGCGUCCAAGGCCCGCCCAUGCAGCAUCCAUGGCUCGAGCCUUCUUCCGGAUCUGUCACUGGCUGCCAUCUUCUGCAAGAGUGGAGCAUGACGUCUGAUCUCGGCCAGGUCGCGCAUCAGGUCAUCCGCCAACUCACCGACAACCCACCGCACUUUCUCAUGUCCCCAACAUCGCCGUCGACACACAGCCCCAGUUACAGCCAGCACAGCCACUACUCGGCGUCCACAAAUGCAACGGGUCACUCCCACACACAUACACACAGCGCCAGCGCCAGCACUGGCAGCGCGCAUUUGCCGGCGCUCCCAGAUGUUGAGCACCUCAUCAAAGACAUGAGCAUGGAGGAGCUUGAGGCGCUACGCUCGUCAUCGGCGAAAAUCGACGAAUUCGUGGAGGGCCUCGACUACACCAACCAGUGCAUCCAGGCCGUCGAGCACACAAAGCACGCCGUCGCUGUUCUCGCAGAACAAAACCUGUCGAUGGAGCCCGAGUUGAAUGCGGCAAAGGCGGAGUUGAAGUCUCUUCAGGACGAAAUCUUCAGGCGGACAGAAAGCGUGCAGGCAAAAGUGUCCAAGCAAACGGAUUUGGCCGACCAAUUCAACUCGGACACAAUUGCAGCGACACUGGCAGUUCAGGCGUCGGAGGCGGAAGGACAAGCAGAGGAAAUUCUGGACAAGUUUCACGAUGACGAAAUGGAAGUUGGCGAAUUUGUCAAGGCAUAUCGCAAGGCGAAAAAGUUGGAGCAUGCGCGAAGGCACAAGGAGAGGCUGUAUCGUUCAUCCAUCAACAUGUGAUGGAUGGCAGCAGCAGCACGGCCCCCUAGCAGUCUCUAUUCGCACACCACCACGCCAACAAUCAAUCCCACACCAUGACUUGUGCACGAGAGCUCGCUCCUGUUUGACGCCGAUUUGUUGUGUUGUGUUACAUCACAUUACCUCCUGCCUCGCCUGUUUUGCCAUGUUGCCGGCAGGCGUUUCCUGCCAGCGGUUCACCCGCGCAACAUGCUGUUACAUAUGUCAUCAUCAUCAACAUCAUCAACAUCAUCAACAUCAUCAUCAUUGUCGGCAGGCAGCUGUCAUGGCGCUGUUCACUGAGGUGGUUCGAUUUGAGCCCAAUACAGCAAACAGGGAAACGAGAAAUGGGGGCCAAGAAAAGCAAGCAAAACACAGGAA